GCUGAUGAUGCCAAACGCCGAACGGCAACAGCAGUGGCGCCGAUAAGCGAGAGCAUCUCGGCAGUGGACAUCCGACAGCUCGAAGCCCUCACCAACGGCGCUCAAUCGCCGAUCAAAAAAAUCUCAGCAUUCCCGGAUCCUCCUCCUAGUUUCAUUCUCAGUAAGUUGGAUGCAUUUUACUUUUCCGCUGAUGAUGCGAAACGGCGAACGGCAACAGUAGUGGCACCGAUAAGCGAAAGCAUCUCGGCAGUGGACAUUCGACAGCUCGAAGCUCUUGCCAACGGUGUUCAAUCGCCGAUCAAGAAAAUCUCAGCAUUCCCGGAUCCUCCUCCUAGUUUCAUCCUGAACAAAGAAAAAGCGGUAGAAUAUGACAAGGAUGGGCGCUUGCACUACAUUCCAAAAAGCAUAUCACGCUCCGGAUCACGCGACCGACAGGAUGAUGGCGGUGGAUUAGCGUCGGAAAGUCAGUCAACGACUUUUGAUGACGAGGACACAUCAUUCAGACAGCUGCACUCCAGAACAAAUAGUACAGAACUGGCCCGUGGUACUCAGCCGUCGGUGCGUCUAAUGGCCAAAGCAUUUGAGACAAUGGAAACGAGUACUUCAAAAAAUACACGCAGUUUGAAACGCUCGUUGUUUGGUAUACGUAAAUCUCGCUCCGUGGAAACGACCGAAACUGGAAAAAGUGUCGGAAGUGCUGCGAAAAGC